AUGCACGUCGCCAAACUCCUCGCCUGCCUUAUCGGCACCUCCAGCAUCAGCGUCACAGCGCAGUCCCUGAGCCCCGGCGAAGGCAUCAUCCUCGCCAUUGAUUCUGUCACCUUCCUGUCCCAGGACAAUCUCGAGAGGGCUCAGAACCUCACCGAGGAGAAUGCUCUUGAGAUUGGUGGAGAAAUCGUCCAAGGCUUCGGAGCCAUUGUGAAGACGGUCACUGGUGCUUUGUCCAACGUCACCAUUCUCAAGUUCCCAAGCGUCAUCCCAGACGUCGACCAGCACGCCAUCUGCAACUCUUUCCGCUCAUUCAUCCUCAUCCACCAACAACUCCUCUCCAUCGUCAUCGGCGAGAAGAGUAUCCUCUCUGCCACGCCCUUCACAGCACCCCUGGGCACCGUCCUCCGCAGCCUCGAAGGCGUGGUAGAUACGUUCGCUUUUGCGGUCAUUAACCUUGUUCCUGGAUGCUCGGCUCAUGCGAUUCAGCUAAAUGCUUACCUUUCUCCUACUUUGAGUCAGGCUGCUGUUACUUUCCCUUGA